AGGAUGGUAGACGAAGAAGAGUUACAGUUUCACGAGGAAUACAUGAACGAAAAAGAUCCUAGCAUCCUCCAUUUCCUGUUAGCGUCUGGUGAUGAGGUGUCAAGCAAGCAACUCCGUGAUGACCUCAUGACAAUGCUUAUUGCUGGACACGAGACAUCUGCAGCAGUGCUCACUUGGACAUUUUAUCUGUUGUCCAAGGAGCCUAGUGUCAUGGCCAAACUUCAAGAUGAGGUCGAUUCAGUUCUGGGGGAUAGGUUUCCAACCAUUGAAGAUCUAAAGAAACUCAGAUACACAACUCGUGUGAUUAAUGAAUCUUUAAGACUAUACCCACAGCCACCCGUCUUGAUUCGUCGUUCUAUUGAUGAGGACGUACUUGGAGGUUACCCAAUAAAAAGGGGUGAAGACAUUUUCAUUUCUGUUUGGAACUUGCAUCGGUGCCCCAAUCAUUGGGAAGAAGCUGAUAAAUUCAAUCCUGAGAGGUGGCCUUUAGAUGGACCUAACCCAAAUGAGACAAACCAAAAUUACAGUUAUCUGCCCUUUGGUGGAGGACCAAGAAAAUGUGUUGGAGACAUGUUUGCCACAUUUGAGAAUAUAGUGGCAGUUGCAAUGCUUGUCCGACGAUUUGAUUUUCAAAUGGCUCUUGGAGCUCCUCCUGUUAAAAUGACAACUGGGGCUACAAUCCACACUACGGAAGGAUUAAAUAUGACCGUAACACGAAGAACAAGACCUCCAGUGGUGCCCAACUUGGAGAUGGCAACAUUAGAAGUAGAUUCAUCUGUGAAUAGUUCAGACAUCAACUCGGUGUCAAACCAAAGAGCAGAAACUGAAGCUUCUACUGUUCGGUCCUAAUAGAACCGAAUACUAGCGACAGUAUAUAUUUAAACCAGGGAACUAAGUCCUACACAAUUUUUAUUCAUCAUUGGGACCUUGGAAGCUCAUGAGUUGAAGUCAUCAAGAAAAGGAAGUCCAUAAUUCUAAGUUAUGUUGCUGUAAGCAUUUAUAAGGUGGAUCCUUAUAGGCAACAAUCUCAUUAGAAUUGAAUCCACUUCUGGUGGCCUAUACCUGUAUUCUUCUCGAGCCUUGAAAUGAUCAGAUUUCAUUUCAAUUGAGCUCUCUGAUGUUGUAAUCAUCAAUCCUUUAGCACUUUUUUUCUUGUAAUUGGUAACGUAUGGAAAAGCGCCAUGAACAAGAAGUAUGCUUGAAAAUAUGGAAGCCAGUAAGAGCGUAUUAGGUUAUGAUUUCAUGGCGCGACUUAAUAAGACGUUUCGACUA